CACAAAAGCAAGAGUUACUAAUAACUACUUUGAAUAUUUUUCAUAGGAUUAGACAUUAAAAUUAUGAUACAGUUGGAAUAAAUCAGUGGAUAUUCGAUAGAAACUCCAAUUAUUCUGAUAUCAAUUUUAGUGAUAAAAACUCAGGAUUGGGAUCUCUUCUGAUUGUCAACAGCCACUGGAUUGUGUUAAAAUGAUUGUAGUGGGUGUAAUUAUGCUCCUGGGAUUCCCCUGGGGUACACUCUCUCAAGAUGUGACAGUUGUGGAGGCACCUAAAAAUCCUGGUGACAAUGAGCCGGACUUUGUCACUCCCGAGUACAUUUUGCCCUGCGGUAGGAGUGAUCCGGCGCUUGAUACAUGCAUACAAAAGUCUUUUAAUCACUUGAAGCCGUAUCUUAUCAAAGGUAUCCCAGAACUGGAACUCCCGCCCAUCGAGCCCUUGACAAUCCCUCAAUUAGGAAUGGAAAACGGUCAAGGUGCUGUUCGAGUGAGUGCCUUGUUCUCAAAUAUCACAGCAAUUGGACCGGGAAAUUACACAGUUGGACGGGUCCGGGUAGACCUGAGGAAUCUGCGACUUGAUCUGCAUCUUGCCAUUCCCAAAAUUGAACUUCAAGGACACUACGUGGUCGCCGGAAAUGUCCUUCUAUUUCCAAUCCAAAGUCAGGGUGACUUCUGGGCAUUGUUCGGUGAUGUAGAGGCGAUUGCUCGAGUCCAAGGUGUCGAAGAAUUACGUGACGGUGUACGUUACAUGAGAAUACAUCGUCUUCUCGUCGACUUCAGCUUGGGUCGUGCACGUUUUCGGGUGGUUGAUCAACUCAAUGGUAACAAUGUAAUUGGACAAGCAAUGAAUCAAUUUUUGAAUCAAAAUGCAAAGGAAAUCAUUGAGGAAAUGAGACCAGCAGCAAGUGCCAGUAUUGCAAAACAUUUUAUGUCGUUUUUAAACACGGCAUUUACCAAAGUACCACUCAAGGUUUGGCUACAAGACACGUGAAUUUCCAACGUCUUUCAUCUUUUAUUGUUCUCAUAAAUUUAAUCCAACUGUAGAUUUAUAGCUAGUAUAUUCUUCGUAAGUCUGUGAAUAUCCGUAUUUUGUUACAUUUUCCGUUGUAUUACUUAUUGUACUUAAUUAGUUUUAAAUUCUAGUACACGAUUUCCCAGUUUGUACAAAAUGAAUUAUCACUUGAAUCGUUUUUUGAAGUAAUAAAUGUCGAAAUUUUGUAUUACAAAUAAACAAUUAAAAACAGCAUUGAUGCUUUAAUUUCAUUACGAAAUAGCAAUUGAAGCAUCGCACGCACAUUUUAUUUGACCGCAGGCAGUGAAAGUAUCCAACAAUUUUCGUGUUUCUAUUCUAUUCUUCGAUUCUAGAUGUCUAUUGCGUUGUUUCCAUUGCAGCGAAAAAUUAUUUCCAAUAUUUCUUUUGCACAAGUUUUACCUCACCAUAAAAUAAGUUGGUUAAAUUAAGAUUGUUUUUUCAUUAUUUUCAUUAUGUAAUGUGCGAUAAAUGAUGCGACAUGUGAUAGUCUUUUCAUUCAUCGCACUUUUGGCAAAUUCGAGAAAGAAAGUGGUUGACAAGAUGUAUUAACUCGAGUCAAAUAUAAACGAAGUGAUAAAUGAA